GUUGUUAUUCACAUAAAGAGGUUGUGUUUUCCAGCGUUUUCUGAUGUUUACGUGCUAAAAAGUUGAAAAUAUCGCUUGACUGACAGAAGACACGUUAAAUUCAGAAAAUAAGUCUGAUGUUUACAGAGAAUAUCUCAAGUUGAUAACAAAAUGGAAAUCGGAUUAAUCGAAUUAAAGGACGUAAAAGCUGUACCAGAUAUAAUACAUCCUUACACUCAACGAGUCAAGGCUGAAUGUACACCGCUCGUUAUUGACAAUGGAUCUUAUAACUGUAGAGUUGGUUGGGCUACUGAAAAAGAACCACAAUUGAUAUUCAAGAAUCUCAUAGCCAAGCCACGAAAAGAACGUGGCAAGAAAGAUGGGGAGCCUCAAGUUGGAAAUGACAUAGCAAAUAUUGAAGCUGUACGAUUUCAACUGAAGACUCAAUUUGACCGAAAUGUAGUAACGCAUUUUGAGGCUCAAGAGCAGAUAUUUGAUUACACUUUUACACAUAUGGGUAUAGAUACGGAAGGCUGUGUAAAUCAUCCGAUUAUUUUGACAGAAGCAUUUCUCAAUCCUAAUUAUUCUCGUAAUUUAAUGGCAGAAUUGUUGUUUGAAUGUUACAAUGUUCCAUCAAUAGCAUAUGGAAUUGAUUGCUUAUUUUCAUACCAGCAUAAUAAUUGCCCAUCAGAUGGUUUGAUAGUUAGCAUAGGAUAUCAUACAACUUAUAUAAUACCGAUAUUAGAUGGGAAAGCAGUUUCUACCAAUGCAAGAAGGAUUAAUGUUGGUGGAUAUCAUAUCACAUCAUACAUGCAUAGACUUCUUCAAUUAAAGUAUCCAGUGCAUGUUAACGCGAUAACACCUAGCCGCGCAGAGGAGUUAAUACACGAACAUUCGAUAAUUGCUUUAAAUUAUCAAGAAGAAUUAUCAAAAUGGGCAGACGCAGAGUAUUAUGACACACACGUUUUGAGAGUACAGUUACCAUAUAUUGCUCCAGUUACUGCUCCAGGUUUAACACUUGAGCAGCAAAAAGAGAGAAAACGAGAAUUAGCGCGAAGACUGAUGGAAAUUAAUGCAAGAAAGAGAGAAGAAAGAUUAGCAGAAGACGAGGAACAGCUUAAUCAACUAUUGGCGGUCCAAGAUCUUUUGGAAGAAGGUGAAAUAGAUGAGUUUGAUCAAGCAUUAAAGACUUACUCUCUUGCAAAUGAAGCUGAUUUAAUAAAAAUGAUUAACAACCUACAAGCAAAAGUAGAAAGAACCAGACAAAAAAUUGUCGCUGCUAAUUCGCAAGAGGAAAAUAUUGUAAUGGAAGAAAAACCUAAAAUUAAGUCAAGUCUCCAACCUAAAGAUCAACAGGAUUUUGAUGAGUGGAUUGCUGGAGUCAGAAAGAAAAGACAAGAGAUAUUAGAUAAACGUAUGGCAAAACGACAACGAAGGCAGGACAUGGCAAAGCGAAGAACUGCUGCUGCGCAAGAAAGGAUGCGCAUUAUUAGCCAGUUGGCGAAAAAAGAAAAGCGUGAUGAUGAUUUUGGUAUGCGGGACGAAGAUUGGGACGUGUACAAAGUUAUAAAUAGAGAAGGCGGCGAUUCCGACUCGGAAUUAGAGCAGGAAAAACUGUUGGAAUUAGAAGAUGUUUUACGUCAUCAUGAUCCAGAAUUUGACAGUGCCGGUUCUAGUGUUCCCAUGGUUCCCGGAGAAACUCAUCAACUUCACGUAGGUGUAGAACGUUUACGGGCACCGGAAUUAUUGUUUCAGCCGUCUAUGAUUGGUUCCUUGGAAGCCGGAAUUGCCGAAACAAUUGAAUUUGUUUUAAAAGAACAUUCUUCCGAAGAACAGACACGUCUGGUAAGUAACGUGUUUCUUACUGGCGGAUCUGCAGCUUUUCCAGGGUUAUUAGAAAGAUUAAAACGUGAGUUACGCGAAAUUCGACCUUUUGGGUCACAAUUUCAAGUUAACAUUGCAAAAAAUACCAGUUUGGACGCUUGGUAUGGUGCGAGAGAUUUCGGCUUAAGUGGCAAUCUUCCGGAGUAUUUAGUCACUCGCAAAGAAUACGAGGAGAAAGGUGGGGAAUAUUUUAAAGAACAUUCGACUAGUAAUACUUACACUCGAUCUCCUGAUCCUUUGCCGAUGAACCAAGUACCUGUAACUUCCGAACAGGUAAUUGUGGAGGAUGCUGUAGUUGAUAUGGAAAUUGAAUAAAACUUUUAUUAUUAUUA